AUGCCUCCGCCCAGGAAUGUUCAUUGCUGUCCGACGCCAUCCUUGUGUGUGGAUGUCGCCCCAAGAUUCACGUGGACACGUGUGAAUAAGCGUAACUGUGUUGUGUUGAGUCAACACUGUUGGCACAACAAAACACCGCAGUUGAAAGAAUAA